GCUGCGGGGGAUCACGUGUUGUGCCGGUCAGCUGACCGCCGUGCUCCGUGUUGUCGGUCGGUGUUUACUGUCGAUUCGGUUCCGGGUUCGGGUUCCUGCGGUUCGACUCCAGUUGUCGCCAUGAGCGCCUCAGACAGCGACGAGGACUUGUACAAUGAGAGGACGGCGCUGGUCCCGUCAGAGAAUCCUGUAGUGCCAUCCUACAGACCAGAUCAAGACCUCACCCCCCCAAAUGACACACCAACCAAAAGGGUAAAGCCUGGGGCGAGCAGGAGGGCGGGUCCCGCUGCCGGGGAUGGCGGCAGCGGCAGCGGGGGCGGCGGCUCGGAUCAGGAGGUAGAUGCGGACGAUGAGGAGCUGACUCUGAAGUACGGAGCCAAGCACGUCAUCAUGCUGUUCGUCCCCGUCACCCUCUGCAUGGUGGUGGUGGUCACCACCAUCAAGUCGGUCAGCUUCUACAGCGAAAAGACCGACCAGCAGCUGAUCUACACGCCGUUCACUGAGAACACCCCGUCUGUCGGCCGCCGCCUCCUCAACUCCGUCCUCAACACCAUCAUCAUGAUCAGCGUCAUCGUGGUCAUGACCAUCUUCCUGGUCGUCCUCUACAAGUAUCGCUGCUACAAGUUCAUCCACGGCUGGCUCAUCCUGUCCUCCCUCAUGCUGCUCUUCCUUUUCAGCUUCAUGUACCUCGGUGAAGUGUUUAAGACGUACAACCUGGCCGUGGACUACCCGACCGUAGGGGUGAUCAUCUGGAACUUCGGGGCGGUGGGGAUGAUCUGUAUCCACUGGAAGGGCCCCCUCCAGCUGCAGCAGGCCUACCUGAUCCUGAUCAGUGCCCUCAUGGCCCUGGUUUUCAUCAAAUACCUACCUGAGUGGUCGGCCUGGGUCAUCCUGGGAGCCAUCUCCAUCUACGACCUGGUGGCCGUCCUGUCUCCUAAAGGUCCUCUCCGGAUGUUGGUGGAGACGGCUCAGGAACGCAACGAGCCCAUCUUCCCGGCCCUCAUCUACUCCUCUGCCAUGGUGUGGACGGUGGGGAUGGCGAACCCGACGGACGCUCAACGCUCUGAACACGAAUCAGACGAGGAGGCGGAGCAGAGCGGCGGGGGGGUGGAGCCUGAGAGCCGACAGUCCCGGACGUUUCCCGAAGACGACCUGGAGGAGGACAGGGGCGUGAAGCUGGGCCUCGGGGAUUUCAUCUUCUACAGCGUUCUGGUCGGAAAAGCUGCAGCGACCGGCGGCGACUGGAACACGACGCUCGCCUGCUUCGUGGCCAUUCUUAUCGGUCUGUGCCUGACUCUGCUGCUGUUGGCCAUCUUUAAGAAAGCUCUGCCGGCGCUGCCCAUCUCCAUCGCCUUCGGCCUCGUCUUCUACUUCUCCACAGACUUCCUGGUGCAGCCCUUCAUGGACAACCUGGCAGCUCACCAGUUUUACAUCUGAGGCAAAGCCCCACCCAGCCCACCUUCCUCCGCGUCAUCCCGCAGCCUCCGCCGUCUGUCGAUGUGACGCUCGAGGACGCACACUCGCCGCGAUGAUUGUUUGUUACUGAGACCAGAAACCACCACAGCUGACGGUGAUAUUCCUGUCAGUCCGAGCAAACGCCCCCCAAACGUUCCUGUUUUUUAAUACACACGAACAGUUGUUGGGCGCUUUUACAAAUCAGGCAGAGUCACACGAACGUGUCCUCAGUGGAAAAACAGUUUAUAAAUUUGAGCCAAGAAACAGCCACAAACAGACGGUCGUUUUAAGGUUUUACAGUAUUUUAAGGUGGAUUUUUCCACAAAAACAUCAAGGAAUCAUUUAAACGAAGAUUAGGGUUUAAUGAGAAUUAAUCAGACUUUGCUUAAUCCAGGUUUAAACAAAGAAAUUCCGGCUUAGGGUUACACAGAAACCUGGUUCCGCUCUCAGAACAAAAUGGAAACAAAAUCUCACUACAGCUUCUCCAGAAGGUUUGUUUGUAUUUGUUUUAACAUCAAAAAAGUCAAGCGCACGUUUUUUUUCCCAGAUUCAUCAAACGAAAACCAGAUUUCCAACAGUCGAUCGAGUCUAAUUUCAAAAUGAAACAAACUCAACAGAUCUGACUCUAAUCCAGGUUUAGACAAGUUUAACCCAAGAUUUACAGAACAGUUUAAAACAGAGCUGCAACAAAUAGUUGAUUGAUUACUUGAUAGAGUAAAACAUAGAUUAAUCUGCAACUAUUUCUGACUAUUGUUCUUUUCUAAGCGAAAAGGCACAUUUGCUGGUUCCAGUGACUUAAACGUGAGGUAGAGAUUCUCCCUUUGUCACAUUGGACAUCUGUGUCUUUCAGAUAUCAUUUGGGCGAACUGACCCUUUAACAUAACCCGCUUGAGCCAACAGACUUUUGCCCUGACCACUACAUUACUCUGGGGCCUCCGGAGCCCCAGGUUCACUCCAUCACAUGGCCGUUUGUAAUUUUAUUAGGUGCAAAGUUUAUUUUGCACCUAAUAAAACUAAGUUUAAGUAAAAUAUCAGUUAAGACCGGUCCCUCAGUCCUCUGUACUGUUUAAAUAAACUGCACCAAACUUUCUGUAUUAGCUUGAUUUCUAAUUCGAACCUACUGCCUGGUGGGGGUGGGGGGCUUUAUAUAUUUUCUAGAAAGUGAUUCAGGUGUAGUACUUCAUUUUGUAACCGAAACAUGUCGGAGAGAUUUCGUUUUAUUUCGCUGUACUGUGCAAUAAAGUCAAACUUCUGUCGUGAGCUGAAGAAAUAAAUAUUAUUCUAUUGAA